AACACCGGUCGGGGGUUAAUCCCGCCCAUCCCUUCUGCUCCCACCGCCGAUCCGUUGUCUCUUCUCCUCUGGUCUGGAAUGAACAUCCAGUUAUAACAGCUUUUCUCGGAAUCCAGACGCAAAAGGCUAAAUCCAGAUGAAGAUGGGCUGACAAAGAGGAGGCAUUCGAAGAAGACGAACGGUGGAGCGCGUGAGUAAAUAUACCAAAACCAAAGGGAUUUCCAUGGCUUCGAUUCGUUGUGAUUAUUAUUAUUAUUUAAUUUAUGGGAGCUGUGAGGGAACUGUUGCGUGAUGAUCGGUGUUUGAGCUUUGUGUGUGCCAGAGAACCGGAUGGUGGAGCAUCAUGGCUGUGCGGAGGCGAACAGGAGGCGCUUUAGUGGAGCGGCGUAUAGCGCAGAGUGCCCCCAGGUCGUGAUCAUGAAAGUGAAAUGAGAUUGCUUUGUUAUCGUGCGUGUCACAAGCUCCAUUAUCCAGUCCCUGCACCGCCUGAACGCCGUUGUUACACCCGCUGAUGCUCGGGUUGAUGGGUCUCAGCAUCAGCACCAGUGGGAGGCUGUAGCACGAGCCUGUAUCCCCCUCCUGUUUGUCUUCAGGACCACGGACAGCGACCAUGACUCGGCUGCGUAGAAAGGCUCUGGUCGCACUCUUCCUCUUCACGCUCUUCAUCUUCGGCACCAUGAUGGGGCUCAGGACUUUAAAACCCAGCGAUGGCUUCUCGGACAUGGCCCCCGGAAUGGACGUCUUCAUCGGGGAUAGAUCCGACCGGGGGAGGCUGGAUGUGAAAGAUGUGGCAGCGUCCCCGGGCCAGUUCCACAUGGGCAGCAGUGACACUAAAGUUGUCUUCUCCAAAUCAGACCGAGAUUAUAGUAUAUUCUACGACGUGCAUAUCUUCUACUACCUGUGGUACGGGUCUCCGAGCAUGGACAACAAGUACAUUCACUGGGAUCAUGUGCUGGUGCCACACUGGGACCCGAAGAUCGCAGCCAGUCAUGCACAAGGAAGACACACGCCUCCAGAUGAUAUAGCCUCAAGUUUUUACCCUGAACUGGGACCCUACAGCUCCAGGGACCCAAAGGUGCUGGAGUCACAUAUGUCUCAGAUAGAGGCAGCUGCAGCAGGGGUUCUGGUGUUGUCCUGGUAUCCUCCUGGGGUGGCAGAUGACCACGGGGAACCCACCGAGGACCUGGUUCCUGCUGUUAUGGACGCUGCCCACAGGCACAGCAUCAAGGUGGCCUUCCACAUACAGCCAUACAAAGGACGGACGGAUCAGACCAUGCAUGACAACAUCAAGUAUAUUAUUGACAAGUAUGGAAAACACGGCGCCUUCUACAAAUUCAGGUCCAGCAUCGGGCGAGUCCUCCCUCUCUUUUACGUCUAUGACUCUUACCUGACUCCACCAGAGUCCUGGGCAGAGCUCCUGACUCUGAAAGGCUCCCACACUAUUCGAGGAACGCCUUACGAUGGGAUUUUUGUCGCCCUCAUUGUGGAAGAGCGCCACAAACACGACAUCCUAGCCAGUGGAUUUGAUGGGAUAUACACCUACUUUGCCUCAAACGGCUUCUCCUUUGGCUCCUCCCACCAAAACUGGAAAGCCAUAAAGGCCUUCUGUGAUGCAAACAAUCUGCUGUUCAUCCCCAGUGUGGGUCCAGGGUAUGUGGACACCGCUGUACGGCCGUGGAACAACCACAACACCAGGAACCGAGUCAAUGGGCGGUAUUAUGAGACGUCCCUGCAGGCAGCUCUGUCUGUCCGACCAGAAAUCGUCACCAUUACUUCCUUCAACCAGUGGCACGAAGGAACGCAAAUAGAGAAGGCGAUACCCAAGAAGACAGUGUCCCGUUUAUAUCUAGACUACCAACCCAACCAACCAGACCACUACCUGGAGCUGACCCGCCAGUGGGCUGAAAACUUCAACAAAGAGAAGGACAAAUGGUUGAUGUAAACAUGGCUUUAUUUUCUUUGUGGACACUCUGAACUUGACUAGACAUUACCUGAGGUUAACUGCCACUGUUCAGCCGCUGCUGAAAUCAAAUACCUUUAGUCAUGCACCUACAUUCACUCUCAAUCUCUGAAAACUCCUGAUGAGAAUUUUCCAAAUGUGCACUACCCUUACUGUUUUUAUCCACUAACAUUUUUGCACAAGAUUAAUACUGUCAUGAAAUGCUGAAGCUAAAAGGUACCGACGAAAAGAUAAUCCACAAAUCUUGAUAACAACUCUGUUCUGUGUCUGUUUGCAUCAUUGAGAAAUUGCGGCUAUGUAACUCUGCUCUGUGGAGUGUUUUCUUAUUUUCUUAUGGUAAAAGACUGUUCUUUCCUGUAUUUCUUUGAAAACAAAUUAAAAUCUGUGUCUGUUUACAGUUGA